AACAAAGAAUAAGUCUAGUGUCGGCGAAAGUUUCAACGGCGUGUAUUAAAUUACUUUAAAUUGCACGUUUUGCUUAUUUAGUGAUCUAAAUAUAAAAGAAAAAUUCUAACAUACGAUGUCUCUUAGUUGCGCAUUGAGUAAUGAAGUUCCAGAGCAGCCAGUUGUAUCUCCAGUAUCUGGAAGUAUAUUUGAAAAAAGGCUUGUAGUUAAGUACAUUCAAGAAAAUGGAACAGAUCCUAUUAAUGGAAAAGAACUUUCUGAGGAAAGUUUAAUAGAAAUAAAAACUCCAUCAGCUGUAAAACCUCGUCCUCCAUCUGCAACUAGUAUACCAGCUAUAUUAAAAACUUUACAAGAUGAAUGGGAUGCUGUUAUGUUACACAGUUUCACUUUGAGGCAGCAAUUGCAAACUGCUCGUCAAGAAUUAUCUCAUGCUUUGUAUCAACAUGAUGCUGCCUGUCGUGUUAUUGCUAGAUUGACUAAGGAAGUCACUGCUGCUCGUGAAGCUUUGGCAACAUUAAAACCUCAGGCUGGCAUUGCUGCUGCACCUGUUGGUGCUCAACAACCUCAAUAUGGUGUUGAAGCUGGUGGUGUUGCUGAUCAACCUAUGGAAGAAGCAGGAAUGACACCAGAAGUUAUUCAAAAGCUUCAAGAUAAAGCUACACUGCUUACUACAGAGAGGAAAAAGAGAGGUAAAUCUGUACCUGAAGAUUUAGCAAAGCCUGAAGAAGUCCGCCAGUUUCAAACUCUUGCAUCUCAUCCAGGUCUUCAUAGUGCCAGUGUACCUGGUAUUCUUGCAAUGGAUGUCUGCCCCACAGAUACUAGUAAAAUACUUACUGGUGGCAAUGAUAAAAAUGCAGCCAUCUUUAACAAAGACACAGAACAAGUUAUUACUAUUUUGAGAGGACAUACAAAGAAAAUUACUUCUGUAAUCUAUCAUCCAGAAGAAGAUACUGUCAUUACUGCUUCUCCAGAUUCGAUGAUUAGAAUAUGGCAUGUGCCAACAUCCCAAACUGUACAGGCUAUCAGAGCUCAUGAAGGUCCAGUUACAGGUCUUAGUCUGCAUGCAACUGGAGAUUAUCUUCUCAGUACUUCAACCGAUGAGCAUUGGGCAUUCUCUGAUUUACGUACUGGUCGAGUAUUGACUAAAGUUGGUGAUACUGCAACUCAGCACU